UGGCAACCCUGCAGGCUACGCCCCCCGCUGUGCUUCUACAGUGCAGCUGGAGGAGAGGAAGAGGAGCUGCUGAGAUGAAGAAAUGAUCAAUCUUCUGGAGCCAGUCAUCUGCUGUAGCUGGUGUUCCACAAUAAAAAUUGGCCUCCACAAACACAACAGGAGAUUCCCACCAAUGUCAGACUGCUGAAACCAGACCUGAACGUAAGAGAUAAUGGCCUCCAGUAGACGAUCCAUCAGUCCACAAACUUGCAAAGAAAAAUCUCACCACUGCUCAGAGUGUGGGAAGACUUUCACCCAUGUCAGCUCUCUCAAAGCUCACCAGCGCAUUCACAAGGGAGAGAAACCGUUCCAGUGCUCAGACUGUGGGAAGAGCUUCACUCAGUCCAGUACUUUCAGAAAACACCAGCUUAUUCACACAGGAGAGAAACCGCAUCAGUGCUCCGACUGCGGGAAACAAUUUAAUCAGCGGAUUAAUCUGAAAAUGCACCAGCGUGUUCACACCGGAGAGAAACCGUUUCACUGCUCAGACUGCGGGAAGAGCUUCACUCAACAGAUUCAUCUCCGGCAUCACCAGGUCAUUCACACGGGAGAGAAACCGUAUAACUGUUCAUACUGUGAGAAGAGCUUCACCUCCAGGCAUCAUCUGCAGGACCACCAGCGCAUUCACACUGGAGAGAAACCGUAUCAGUGCUCUGAGUGCGGGAAGAGCUACAUUUUGAAGCGUUAUCUCGAAGAACACCUGAGAGAUCAUACAGGAGAGAAACCGUAUUAUUGCUCAGAGUGUGGGAGGAACUUCAAAUAUCUGAGUUCUGUUAGGCGUCACAGUUGUAGCCAAAGGCAUGCAGAAACAGAAAAUUCAUAAGUUAUAAAACUGCUCAAAUGAUAGUGCUUUCUAUUACAUAAAUUGACCAUUUGUCAUGUUUUUUAGUAUUCAAAUGACAGAUAGUUUAAUCACUUUAUAUUUCCCUUCUUUAUUAUUAUUAUUAUUGUUAUUAUUAUAAUACGUUGUGUGUGUAUAGUGAUAUUGGAUGGCUGCCUCGUUUCUUUUUUCUCUGUAAAACAGACUUUUAUACACUGUUCAGAUGACACACAUGUAUAUAUACUGAUGUAUUACAAAAUAUACAGUAAUAUUUCACAAGACACAGUGUUCAGCAAUUUUUUUUCUAUUUAUAAUCUUCUAUUAUUUUUGGUU